CACAUCAGCGCUUCCUGAGAGGAGCCUGUAGAGGUGGGCGGGGCGUAGACGAGGAGAAGCUCCGCGCGUAGUCGGUGCCAUUUAUCUUCUGUCGUCAUCAAUCGGGGGAUCCGGUAGUUAUCCACAGAGGACCGUGCGUGACUGGCGAGGACAGGCUCUUCUUCAUGGACUCGUUUGGGAGACGUGUGCUAGGUGACUUUGCAGCAAUGAAUGAAGAGUGUUCGGAUAUCUUGAAUGGAAGCAGUAAAGUUAAACUUGCAGCACAGAAUGAAGCAGCAUUAUUAUCAUUAAUGGAAAGGACUGGGUACAAUAUGGUACAAGAAAAUGGACAGCGUAAAUUUGGUGGUCCUCCUCCAGGUUGGGAAGGUCCUGCUCCUCCACGUGGCUGUGAAGUGUUUGUAGGAAAAAUUCCUCGUGAUAUGUAUGAAGAUGAAUUGGUUCCUGUUUUUGAAAGAGCUGGAAAAAUAUAUGAAUUUCGGUUAAUGAUGGAAUUUAGUGGGGAGAACAGAGGCUAUGCAUUUGUCAUGUACACAAACAAAGAGGAUGCCUUGCAAGCUAUUCGAAUGUUAAACAAUUUUGAGAUUCGUCCUGGUAAAUUUAUUGGCGUUUGCGUAAGCUUGGACAACUGCAGACUCUUUAUUGGAUCCAUCCCAAAGGAAAGGAAGAAAGAAGAAAUAUUGGAAGAAAUGAGGAGCGUUACAGAUGGAGUAGUGGAUGUUAUUGUAUACCCAAGUGCAAAUGACAAAACCAAAAACCGUGGUUUUGCCUUUGUGGAAUUUGAAUCUCACAGAGCAGCAGCGAUGGCGAGACGUAAAUUAAUUCCAGGAACUUUUCAGUUAUGGGGUCAUACUAUUCAAGUAGACUGGGCAGACCCAGAAAAAGAAGUUGAUGAAGAAACGAUGCAGAGAGUUAAGGUCCUGUAUGUAAGGAAUUUGAUGAUAUCAACUACAGAAGAGACUAUCAAAGCAGAGUUUAAUAAAUUUAAGCCUGGAUCUGUUGAACGUGUUAAAAAGUUGAGGGACUAUGCUUUUGUACAUUUUUUUAAUCGAGAUGAUGCCAUUGCAGCAAUUUCAGUAAUGAAUGGGAAAUAUAUUGAUGGAGCAAGUAUUGAGAUUACUUUAGCUAAGCCUGCAACUAAGGAUUCUAUCUGGAAACAAAGAAGUGGCCAUUUGAGUCCGAAUUCAGAAAGUUUACUUUUGUUUGCAAAUCAGGAGGAAGUAUCUCAGAAAUCUAUUGGAAGAUCUUCAAUUUUACCUUCCCCACUUAGAGGCAGAGAAAGUCCAGUAUGUACGGAGCCUGAAAGAGGCACAUAUCCUUAUUAUCCUGGCAUAAAGCUCAACCCAAUAAGCAUUCAGUCUUUAAAUCCUAAUCACUUUCACUCUGCUGUGAUGCAUCUAGAGUACUACUGUUACAAAAAUAAUAUGGCAUUACCUAAAUACUACUUGUACUCCGCUUAUAGCCAGGAUGAAAAACUGCUUUUGAUUUAUAAAGUUGUACUUCCAACUAUUGGUAAUGGUUCCCAGAACUGCUUCACACCUGACAGGCUAUGCACCUCAUUGGAAGAUGCAAAGGAAUUGGCAGCACAGAUUACAUUGAUGCAUUUGGGCUACAGUAUCUGUCGUGGUUCAGAAAAUAACCUAUCACCAGUGAAUACUGCUUUCUCAGCUGGAACAGCAAAUGUAAUUCCGUAUACAUCCAAAACCUACUCCUGCCCCAACUACUCAGUUUCACCUCCCUUGUCUUUGGCUAAUGGAAACCACAUGGAGCAGAGGCUAUUUAUUUCUAAUCAGGCUUCCUUUUUCUGAAAAUGUUUGAAUGAUCAUGCACAAUAUGCACAAUUUUGUGGAUCAACAUUUCUCUAUCUGGAAGUAUUGUUUGUGUAUUAUCUGAAACGAGGCAGUUAUUUCCUAAUCUGUUAAUGUAUUGUUUCUUUCAGUAGAAAUGUUUAGUGUGUUUUGAAUGAUCCUUUGUCUAAAACUGUACAUGUCGGGCAAGCUCUGUUUUAUGGCAAACCUAAGUCCAUUUAUUCAGAUACAAUGUAUAGCUGUUGAAUUUGAAUAGGUGAGAUGUGUGAACAGUUGUGUCUUGGAUUCUCUAGUAUAGAUGAGGUGGGUUGUGAAUGCAUGCUCUGAGUGUACUUACACAAGCAGGCAUCCACUAUGCCAUUUAGGUAAAAAAAAAUGACCAUAAACCAAAACAAAUUCACUAUAACUUCCUUCAUGUUCUUAAGCGUGUUCUAUUGUGUGCUAUUUUCAUGUAUACAUCAGGGAGAGUUAUUUUGAAUUACCGUAUUUAAAUGUAAAACUUAAAGCAUGUCUGACAUAAUAUGUAGCAACUAACCAGAUUUAAAUUUGCAUUGGAACAUCAAGGGAUAAAGCCACCUGAAACUGACAUUUUCAUUUUUGGUAGAGGCUGGGGAGUUAAUAACUUCUUGUAUAUACAUCUUGAGGACCCUGUAAGUGAGAUCCUUUUGUUUUUAGACCUGUGCACCUGCUGAAUCCAUUGUGAGGGUGUUUGCCUCUAUCCAAAACUCCCAAAUGGACAGAAAAAAGUCAGUUACAAUUGAUGGCUUAAAGUCCUCCCUAUUGGUGUAUUCACUCACUGACUUAGCUCACCAGGCUCCACCUAUCAUAUACUUUUUGGGUAGAAUUACCUGUUAAUGUUUAAAUCUGGUUAGUUGUUUAGACAGCUCUUACCUCAGACAGUUUGAUGAACCAGGUUUCAUAUCAUUUCACUUUUACAAUAUACACUGAAAAUCUCCAGUCAAACCGAGCUGACAAAAAAAAAAAAAA